CCCGCUCGCCACCUCCCCCGCUUCGUCCGCUCCCCGCGCCUGCCUUAGCUAGCCACUGCGCGGCACGCCGCCGCACCACCCACCACCGCCCCGUCACUGCACGGACCACGAUCCCCACUCUCUCCCGGCAGCCUCGGCCCUCGGCCUCGCGCCUCGCCGCGCCAUGGCGACGGCCGCGCGCAGCGGCAGCAGGCUCGUCGCCGCCGCCGUCUCCUCCGCGCUGCUCCUGCUCCUCCUCCCGGCGCCGCGGCCCGCGGCCGCCGACGGCGCCACGUACCCGGCCGACUGCCCCUACCCGUGCCUCCCGCCGCCCGCGGCGCCCGCCGUGACCGCCAACUACCCGCCGCCGCCGUCCCCGCCGUCCUCGUACGCGUACCCGCCACCGGCGCCGUCGUCGCCGUCCUGGAGCUACCCGCCGCCGCCGGGGGGCUACAUUCCCUACUACCAGCCUCCCGCGGGAGGGGGUGGCGGUGGCGGGGGUGGAGGAGGCGGGGGGUCCGUAUACCCGGCGCCGCCGCCGCCCAACCCCAUCCUGCCGUGGUACCCCUGGUACUACCGGACGCCGCCGCCGCCGUCGGCCGCGUCGUCGGUGAGGGGGCGCUCUGCCGUCGUCGCCGCGGCGGCACUCGCCGCCGCCGCCGGCCUGCUGAUCAUGGUUUAGCUUUAGCGGGACGACUUGACCCCCAUUCUGCUUCAUUCUCCUCCGAUCCCCAGGUUCCUUCUUCUUUGUUAAUUUAUCAUUCUGCAGGACUCAGAAAUAUAUAAGAUCGAUGCAAACAUUAUAUUAAUUACUGUGUACAAGUAUCAGCUGAAAAUUUCUAUAAUAUAUAGCUACUUAUUCCUUCUUGAUUA